AUGGCGCGUCGUCCCGCAAGAUGCUACCGGUACUGCAAGAACAAGCCGUACCCCAAGUCCCGGUUCAACCGUGGUGUGCCCGACCCUAAGAUCCGAAUCUUCGAUCUUGGCCGAAAGCGUGCGAACGUCGAUGACUUCCCUCUGUGCAUCCACAUGGUCUCCAACGAGUACGAGCAGCUGAGCUCCGAAGCCCUCGAGGCCGCCCGUAUCUGCGCCAACAAGUACCUCGUCAAGUCUUCCGGAAAGGACAGCUUCCACCUGCGCAUCCGAGCCCACCCGUACCACGUCGUCCGCAUCAACAAGAUGCUGUCGUGCGCCGGUGCCGAUAGACUGCAGACUGGUAUGCGUGGUGCCUGGGGCAAGCCCAACGGAACCGUUGCCCGUGUCAACAUCGGCCAGAUUCUCCUGAGUGUCCGCACUCGUGAUUCCAACCGUGCCAACGCUCUCGAGGCUCUGCGACGAUCCCAGUACAAGUUCCCUGGCCGUCAGAAGAUCAUCAUCUCCAAGAACUGGGGCUUCACCCCUCUCCGCCGGGAGGAAUACCUGGAGAAGAAGGCUGCUGGCCGUGUCAAGGUCGACGGUGCCUACGUUCAGUUCCUCUCCAACAAGGGUAAGCUCGCGGAGAACGUCAAGCGCUUCCCCACCGCGUUCGAGGCUUAG